AUGGAAAGUAAUAGAGAUAGAGCAAUCAAAAGGAUCAAGGUCCUUAAGAAGCAGUUCAACCCAUCAGAAGACUUCAAACGGGAGAUUGACUCUUGCACGUUUAACUUCGAUACUGCUUACGAGGUUGUUAGGAAACUCCGCCCAUCGGAGCAUUACAAAACCAUUAAAGAAGUUGACCACAUCGUAAGAUGGGAGAGGUUCGCCCAAGUGCCAAAGGAUGAGCUCAGAGUUAAGACCAACAGAUGCGUCAAGAAUAUCAUGGAUACUCUUUAUCAGAAGAAAGUGUUCACACCUGAGCAAGUUAUCACAGACCCAGAUCUUGUGAACAGAUGCUUAAUGGGAGUCUCCUGGUUCUCAGGAGAACUAUCUACCAAAAUAGCGGUUCAAACAGGACUUUAUGCCAAGAGUUUGUAUAACAUUGGAACAGAGAUUCACUCAGAAGCCCUGAUGAAAGCUGCUAAGUUCGAGGAAUGGGGGUGAUUUUGAUUAACAGAGCUUGGACAUGGAUCCGAUGUGAGUCAAUUAGAGACGACCGCACACUACGAUUCUAUGACGAAAGAGUUUAUUAUCAACUCUCCUACACCAACAUCAAGGAAAUUCUGGAUAGGAAACCUUGCGAUCACAGCUACAAAGGCUGUAGUCUUCGCUCAGCUAAUCGUAAAUGGUGUAAGGUACGGUAUUCAUGGAUUACUUGUUCAAAUCAGAGACCCAAAAACCAUGAAGUCCUUACCCGGAAUCACCAUUGGGGAUUGUGGAGAUAAACUAGGAAUAAACGGAAUUGAUAAUGGAUGGGCCUUGUUUGACAAGUGUAGAGUCCCAAAGACUGCUUUGUUGAAUAAAUAUGCCGAUGUUUCACCAGAUGGAGUGUACUCCUCAUCCAUUAAAUCCAAAGCUAAAAGAAUGGCUGUCCAACUCGGCAGUCUGAGUGGAGGAAGACUAGCUAUUGCUCAGGUCAGUGUAGAUCAGGGCCUCUACGGUCUCUCAACAGCUUUGAGAUAUACAGCAGUAAGGAAACAAUUCAAGAACCCUAAUACAAAGAUUGAGUCAAGAAUCCUUGAUUACAGAAUCUUGCAUCACAGAAUCAUUGGAAAAUUCUGCCAUCAAUUUGUCCAAUAUGUGGGAUUCAAUAAAGUAGUUGAGUUUUGGAAUCAAUUUAAGGAGGAAGGAAUCAAUGAAUCCAAGAUGACAAAUUUCAUCCACCUUAUAUCCUCGGUAUCCAAGGCAGUCCUGACAUGGGACGGAAGAGAUGCAACCACUGAGGCUAGACAGGCAUGUGGAGGGCUUGGAUUCUCUUCCUACAAUAAUUUCGGACCAUCAAUGGUCAUAAUCGAUUUAAAUACUACUUGGGAAGGAGACAAUAAUAUAUUGAUGCAGCAAGCAGGAAAAUUGAUACUCCAAAAUCUUGCCUAUUUGUUCAAGGGAAAGCCUUUGAUGCCCACAUUUGAAUUCCUUAUGGAAGAUAUCCCUGAUGUUGAGCCAUUCACAGAGUCUUUGGAGGACCUUGGCAACAUUUUGAAAUUAUUCACAUAUAGACUUGUAAAUCUAAUUCAAGAAACUGGAAGUAAACUUCAAAUGGCUGAGGAUAAGGUUUCAGAAUGGGAUAGAUUAUUGGCCUAUUACGUUUAUCCUAUGACUUUCACUUAUUUCAAUAGAUUUUUGCUUUCAGAAUACAUAAAUUGGUUAGCCAAUUUCGAUGGAGAUUUAGAGACAAAGAAAGCAUUUGAGAAGGUUGGCCUCAUCUACGGCCAGAGGGUCUUGAUCAAUGACGCUGCUAACUUCACAGAGUACCUGUCCAAGAGCCAGAUUGACGAGUUGAAGGAUAGUGUAAUGAACCAUCUUUUGGAUAUGAGAAAAGACAUUAUAGCAAUGACUUAUUUACUCCCAUUCACUGACAAGAUGUAUGGAGCUGUUGCUAGAUCAGAGAUGAAACCAUAUGAAUACUUCUUAGAUGCAGUUAACUACUACCAAUCUGGAGGUAAAUCUCGGGUCGACGAUGACAUCAUUCUCUCCACUUCAAGAUAA